CCCCCCCUGGGCACCCAGCAAGGAGCAGGGCAGGGGAGGCCACCAUGAGGCCUGGCCGUCGAGUCAGGGUCGCCAAGUGCCAGCUGCUGGUCACCUGCUUCUUCGUCCUGCUGCUGAGCCUGUCUGUGGCCGCCUCAGCGACCCUCACCUACUUUGGGGCUCACUGGACCGUCCUUCGCCAGGCGGCCUUGGAGAGGACGGCCUACGAGAAGACACACCGCUGGGCCUUUUGCUUGGUGACCGGUCUGGCCGUGCUGUUGACCAUGGGGGCCACGCUGAGUGCCGCAGGCACCAUGAGGGAGGCCCAGGGCCUCAUGGCCGGGGGUUUCCUGUGCUUUGCCGUGGCCUUCUGCGCACUGGUGCAAGUCGCCUUCCGAAGCUACCACCACCCGGACCAGGUGGAGGAGGUGGUGCUGGAUGCUUUUGACCUGGUGUACGACCGAGCGCUGAGGAAUGCGACAGGUUCCUGGCACUGGGAGCUGGUGACCAUCCAGGACACGUUCCUGUGCUGUGGGAAGAGGUCGCCAUUCAGUGUCCUGGAGUCCACGGGUGCCCAGCUGUGCCAUGGAGCCAGCACGCACAGACAGGACUGCCUGGAGGGCAUCCGGAGCUUCUUGCGGACCCACCAGAGGGCCGGCUUCAUCUCACUCAGCAUCGCCCUGGCCCUUAUGGUGUACGUGCUGCUGCUCUCAUCCUUCCUCUGGUUCGCCAUCCGCACACGCCGCGGCCUGGACCGGCGAGGCAGAUACGUCCUGAGCCCAGCCUUGCCCAGCCACAGCGGCAGGACCCCUGGGUUCAGGGGCUGCCCUCGGGUGACGGGCAGGCCAUGCGCCCGGCCACAUCUAACCCAGCCCCCUGCCUGUCCCUAACCCUGCUUCACAGACCUCCUCCACACCCCAAGGUGGGGAGACGGGGUGCUCCUGGGGUCCCCGGAGUACAGCUCCCGGCCUGGAGGGCCAGGAGGCAGGCUGGCUCCGUUUGACCUUUGCCCUCUCACCUGUGCACCCGCAGAGGCA